UCGCUGUGCUUGCGGCUUUGGGGCGAUCCGGCUAGCUAGUUUUUUUUUGAGUUGGUUUAGCGUACGAGUUGAGUGAGUGAAUUUUUAGACAAGGAAGCUGGCUGGGAAACGGGGUCCAAAUAGUUCUCUCUUUUAGUAAUCUCAUCUCAUUGCCUCUGUGGAGGAAAGCCUGCCUUUACGAAAAUGGGACCGUAAACAUGUGGAAAUAAAACGCCGAGGUGGUAUUUAUAAUCAGUACCGUUCAGGAUUAUUAUUGUUUGGUCUUGUACUGUUUGGAGGACUGUUGUUUUCCUGUGGGAUAUCUGGGUGCUCGACAGCUUGAACAGCAAAUAUGAAUCAGGAGGAAAUCCUGACGAGGUUCGUUCAGAAUGUCCGAGCUAUGAGAACCGGGGACCAGAAAGGAGAGGAUAACUUCGGCAGCGACUUUUUGAGGUUACGACGAUUAUCUACAAAAUACAGAACAGAAAAAAUAUAUCCCACAAAUGUGGGUGAGAAAGAGGAAAAUGUUAAGAAGAACAGAUAUAAAGAUAUCUUGCCAUUUGACCAUAGCAGAGUAAAAGUAACACUGAAAACCUCUGAUCAAGACACGGAUUACAUCAAUGCAAAUUUUAUCAAGGGAACACAGAGAAGCCAAGCUUAUAUUGCCACCCAAGGACCGUUGGCCAACACAGUGAUAGAUUUCUGGAGAAUGAUCUGGGAGUAUAAAGUAGCAAUCAUUGUUAUGGCUUGUCGUGAGUUUGAGAUGGGAAGGAAAAAAUGUGAGAGAUACUUCCCUCUGUAUGGAGAUGAACCUUUAUCAUUUGGGUCAUUCAAGAUUUCUUGUGAGACAGAACAAGCUAGAACGGAUUACUUCAUCAGAACGCUGCUUGUUGAAUUUAAUGAAGAAAUGCGAAGAAUUUAUCAAUUUCAUUAUGUGAAUUGGCCUGACCAUGAUGUUCCGUCAUCAUUUGAUUCAAUUCUGGAUAUGAUUAGCUUAAUGAGGGAAUAUCAGGAGCACGAGGAUGUGCCAAUCUGCAUACACUGCAGUGCUGGAUGUGGAAGGACAGGUGCUAUCUGUGCUAUAGACUACACAUGGAAUUUACUGAAAGCUGGAAAAAUUCCAGAGGAUUUCAAUAUUUUCAACCUAAUUCAGGAAAUGAGGACACAACGGCAUUCAGCUGUUCAGACAAAGGAACAGUAUGAACUUGUUCAUCGAGCCAUUGCACAGCUUUUUGAGAAGCAACUACAAUUGUAUGAAAACACUAACUGUGAAAUCACCGACUGUUUGGAUGAUAUUAGCCAUAAGAAUCCUGCCAACUCAGCAGAGAUGAUCAAAGGUGACUCGCCACCUCCCAAGCCUCCUCGUAUUCGCAGCUGCCUGGUUGAAGGAGAUGUCAAGGAAGAAAUCUUACAACCUCCAGAACCUCACCCAGUGCCACCAAUUCUCACUCCAUCUCCUCCCUCCGCUUUCCCAACUGUUACUAAAGUAUGGCAAGACAAUGACCGAUACCACCCCAAGCCAGUGUUGCAUUUAAUGGAAUCUUCACAUGCCACAGAUCUUAAUGAAAAUUAUAACAAAACUUUAGAGCAAGCCUUGAAAAAGGACCUUUUAUCUCAGCAUAUAGAACCAUUGGAAAAAAAGCUGGAACGCAAGCUGAGUAUAGAGAUCAAAAAGGUGCCUCUGCAGGAGGGACCCAAAAGUUUUGAUGGAAACAGUAUGCUGCAUAGAGGAAAUGCAGUUAAAACAAAAUCUAAUACAGCUCAGGUUGAGCCUAGCCUUGGCUCUUUUUCUGUUGAUUCCACCAUUGAUCCUGUUCUGAAAUUGUGUGAGGAUUGCUCAGGACUUCCAUCAAACAGAAACAGUAAGCAGUCUACAACACAAGGCUCAUUGGAAUGUGAUAUACUUACAAGACCCAACCAUUUGCCUCUUAAAGAUAAAGGCCAGGCAGCAUGGUCUAUGUCCAGGUCUGAAAGCAUGCCAAUCAUGCGUACUGAGACUAUAGAAGAGAAACCAACUAGUAUUCCAAAUGUUGACACUAAACAAACUGUAGAAACAUCAUCAUUUGUUACGACAAAUGCCAGCCAGCCUCAGACCACCAGAACGCCUCUCUGUUUCACCAACCCUCUUCAUUCUGAUAAUUCUGACUCGGAGCCUGAAGGGAUGGACACAGGCAAAGCCAUACAAGUCAAAAAAACAUCCAGUAUUUCCAAGACAAGUGCUACUGUUUCGUCUUCUGCUCCACUUAGAAAAGUCACGUCAAUGUCUAUCGCUAGCCGAGACUUGGUCUGCUCUGAAACGGCAAAAAAUUCUGAUACAAGUGAAGACUCCCCUCCCCCUCUGCCUGAAAGAACCCCCGAGUCUUUUUGUCUGGCAAGUGAUCUUGAUUCUCCCACCCAAAAGUUAGUGCCUACUGGUCACUCAGCAGAGUGGAGUGGAUUUUCACAAAAAGUCAGCUCAGAUUUGAAUCAGUCCCUAAUAAGGAGCAAGAGUAUGAAAGUUAACAGAAGUGCAAAAAAUGAGGAUUCAAAAAACGUUAAUGCCACUCCACAAGCAAAUGCUUCCAGUGUUUUGGAGAAAAAUGCCUUAAAAUUGAAAGAGACUGCAACAGAAACUACAGAAAUAGGCUUCAGUAACCGCUGCACCAAACCAAAGGGCCCAAGGGAUCCACCUUCUGAAUGGACCUAACCAGAUAAUCUAGAAAAUCCCAAUACUGGACUUCCUUUGUUUUUGUUGUUUUUCCUCCCAAGUCUCGCAGUAUGUGGAAGAAGACAAUGUUUUCCACUCUAUAACUACAGUCUUUUUUACUUACUAACACGGUCUCAAGCAGCGUAGAUCAUCUUGAUAACACGAUGGUACAUAGUUUUUGUACACUUUUUUUAGCCAGGGUUUUGAAUUCAGGUGCUAAAAUCUGUAAUAUUUCAUUUCUGGGACCAUGUACUUGCCUUAUUUAACAUUUAGUCAAACCAUGUUUUUAAAAUAGGAACAAAUAACUAUUGAAUGUGUGCUGAUCUCUUUUAUUUAUAUAUAUAUAUAUAUAUAUAUAUAUAUAUAUAUAUAUAUAUAUAUAUAUAUAUAUAAAAUAGAGAAACAAAAUGUUACCACGUGUAGUCUGUGUGUUCAUAACAAGUUGGACCAUUUGCAGUAAUCAAGGACAAUGCAGCCUUUCCUAUUUGCUAAUUGCUGGAUAGCUAUAUACAGUUUGUUUUAUAUCUGUACAGGGCAAUUUGACAAAUAUGCUGUUGUUAAUUAUUAACAGAAGAUGUAAGAAGUCUCUGCAUGAUCAGAAAAAUUUGUGUACCAUUUUUGUAAAUUAUUUCCCUAGUGUUCUAGAGGAUAUUUCAGGUGUUUAUCCUCAGGUGUUUUUUUAAUAAGAGAGUGAGAGAAAAACCAAGAAGCUUACUCCCAAGAAAACGUGGGUUAUAAAUUGUAAUAAUACAUUUUUGUAAAUUGUACUCAAAAGGUUAUUUUUAUAUGAUAUGCCAAUGUCAGCCAUGGAGCCCAGUAAGUGCCUUGGGAAAAAUGUGCACCUCUGAUAAUUGAUGCCUCUAAAAGAGAAGGUGCAAGUCAAGGACAAUUCACAUUUGAUUUCCAAAAGCAGGCAUGUAUUCGACAACAAUCUGUUGACUUGUCAGUAAACCCAUUUUAAUUACAACUGUAUAUUUGUGUAUUUAUUCCAUGUAUAUGUUUGUCGGUAAAACAAUUUAACAAAAAUACAUUUUACUUGCACAAUUAGAUACAAUCAGUACAUUUUGUGGACCUUUUAUUUGGAAAUUGUGAUUUUCAUUCUCUCCAGGUGAAAGAAAAAAAAAAAAGUUUUUCGGUCAUCUCUACAUAGAAAGCAUGUCAGGCAAGAGAGCCAUGGACCAAUGUUUUUGAAAAUAAAUUUUGUUUUUCUUUUGAGGAAACAUGUUAUUUCUUACCAAAUGGUAAGUCUUAGCUAUCCACUGCCUGUUUGCAUACUUCCCACUUUAGUCUAUCCGAAAUAAGUUCUUUUUCCGUUGAACCUUGCAUACGUUGGGUUUGAUGUGUUUAGACCAUUGGAGAUUUAAGUGCCUUACAGUGCUAUGUGCUACGUUAUCCUCCUUGACCGCCUGUUGAUUUUAUUUGAAGAUAUUCCAUUUGUAGACUACUGUAGUAUAAUACUUGAUCAUGCUUGUCCUCAGCUCUGGUAAACGUGCCACUGCUCUUACCACACCAGUAUGCUUGAAUAUCAUUCUUUUUCUAUUUGUCCUUCAGAAUUCAGAAUGUUUUACUGUGCUGCUAAGAUACUCACACCUUGAUCAAUUACCAAUCAAGUAUUUAAUAUUUUUGUACACGUUACCUGUUA